AUGCCGCUCGGCGUGAGCGCGUCGACGAUCGUGCUCAUCGCCGCCGGUGCGCUCGCGCUCGGACCGAGGGACGUGCCGCUCGCGGCGAGGGCGCUCGGAAGGUUGACGGGACGGGCGACCGCGCACGCGUCGAAACUCGCGCGCGCGAUCGAACGCGCGACGUCCGACGACGAGCUUCGAGGGAUACAGGACGAGAUGCGUGAGAGCGUGAAGGACCUGCGAGGGGUGGCGAGGGAGAUCGGGCGCGAGUUGAAACCGAGCGGUGGAGAGCGAGGCGCGGGGCGCGGGGCGACGACGGGCGCGCGGACGAGCGCGGCGACGACGACGGUGAAGGAGGCGGUGGAGGCGACGCGGCGCGAGAAUGUGAUUCCAGUGAGCGCGAGGGAGAUCGGACGGGGAUCUGGGGGCGGGAGCACGGGCUCGGACGUGCUCGCGGCGAUGCACGAGGAACGCGAGCUCGCGUACAAGGCGGCAAAGCUCAUGGAGAGCGGCGCCGUGGACGCGUACCUGGCGAGUCGUGAACGCGAGGGCGGGUAA